GCGGGCGUUGCAUUUCAAACCCGGUAAUCGACUUGUGCGCCGCCCGUCUUGUGGGGUUACGUGAGGAUUCGCAACAUGGCUGGUGGCAAGGCAGGCAAAGACUCGGGCAAGACCAAGACCAAGGCUAUUUCGCGCUCGCAGCGGGCCGGCUUGCAGUUUCCAGUGGGUCGCAUUCACAGACACCUGAAGUCCAGGACCACCAGCCACGGCAGGGUUGGAGCCACCGCCGCGGUUUACAGCGCGGCGAUUCUUGAAUACCUCACUGCGGAGGUUCUGGAAUUGGCAGGAAAUGCAUCGAAAGAUCUGAAGGUCAAGCGCAUCACGCCGCGCCACUUGCAGCUGGCUAUCAGAGGAGACGAGGAGUUGGACUCCCUCAUCAAAGCUACCAUUGCCGGGGGCGGAGUCAUCCCCCACAUCCACAAAUCUCUCAUCGGGAAGAAGGGGCAGCAGAAGACUGUGUAAGCUGAAGGGCUUGGGAAGUCGUGCCAUCUCAGGACAAAUGCUCAGUGUUUCGGCAUCGGAUGUGUCAGUGUUUUUAGCUUGGACCUUCUAAGUUCCCGUUCAGCGUUUGUAGGGCUGAGUCUGCGUCUGUUCAUCAGGAGUGUAUUUUUAAGUGGCUUCAGAGAAGCUUGUUUGGCUUUUUUUGUGCUUUUUUUUCUCUGGUACUGCGGUUUCUUGCAUUGUUUAAACCUGAUCUUGUGGCAUCCCCAUGUUUUAACGUGUUUUAAUAAA